GAGAUCAAAGAAACAUUGGGUACAGGUGGAUAUGGUCAGGUUUACCUUGGCCAGCACAUCGACAACCCUGACAAAAAGGUCGCCAUUAAAUCUCUGCAACACUCGAUUAUGGACGACCGCCAGAGAACCUUUUUACGUACCGAGAUUGCACUCCACACACAUCUAUCAGGACAUGCACACAUCAUCAGCCUCAACCAUGUCGUUAAGGAGCGCGAUUGGACCCAUGUAAUGCUCGAGUGUGGUCUUGAAGGCGACCUGUUUGAAGCAAUCACGGACCGCAACAUUUACUCUGCCAACCACAAUCUAAUCCGAAAAGUGUUUCUGCAACUCAUCGAUGCAGUCAGCUAUUGUCACGCCAGAGGUGUCUAUCACAGAGACAUAAAACCCGAAAAUAUCCUUGUGUUUGACAAAGGACACACUAUCAAAUUAGCCGAUUUUGGUUUAGCCACAACUGAUCCUAUUUCUAAAGAUUAUGGUUGUGGAAGUACCUUUUACUUUUCUCCAGAAUGUCAGGGAGAUUUUGCCCGUGAAUCGAACCGAGUCGGCUAUGCUACUGCACCAAAUGAUGUAUGGGCUCUUGGUGUGAUCCUGAUUAACCUAGCAACUGGCCGAAACGGCUGGAGACUCGCUUCUCUCAAAGAUGACUCUUUCCGUGCAUAUCUGACUGAUCCUGAUUUCCUUCUCAAGAUCCUGCCAAUUUCUCGAGACAUGGCUCGGAUCCUAAAACGGAUCUUGUGCGUUGAUCCCAUGCGUCGGAUCGGCCUCGAUGAAUUGAGAGAGCGAAUCGAGCGCUGCAAGUAUUUCACA